CCCCUGCCAGUGGAAAAAAAAACAACUAUAAGUCCUCAGGGAAAAGGCAAGAGGGCGGUGAGAUGCUUUGAGAAAUCGCGGUUGCCAAGGAAGAGCGGAAUGAAUGCAACUCGGUUUUUGUUCCUUCAGGACUUUUUCAGAAAGGGAACAUGGGGCUUUUCCGGUGUGGAUCACAGACAUGCGAAAAGGCUGUGGAGGAGUUGAACAAGCAGUUCCUGUUUCCGGAGAAAGGGUGAUUUGGAGGGUGCGGGAGAAAAAAAAUAGCCAGGAAAGGUUUUUGUCAUGGCGCUGGGAAGGGUGGUGGCGGUGCGACAUUGGCUUCGAAGUUGCUCUUUCCUGGAGACCCGUUUCUUUUGCGAGGCUCCAAGAAUAAAAUGCGGCUGCAGCCGUCAACUUUCUUCAGGCCAUGGAGGAAAAAGGGGAGUCGAGGUGUUUGAAAAAUCCAGAAUUUUCAAAAGAGGAUUUAUAUUCUCAACAUUAUCCUACCUGGGAUACAACACUUAUCUAGUAAUCUCUCAGUCUGCUAUGGUUUGUGCUGAUAUGAAAAUUGGUGAAAUCCUAGAUCAAGCAGACUAUCUCUACGGAAGUGGAGAAACCGAAAAGCUUUAUCAGUUGCUGAGUGAACACAAAAACAGUGAAAAUGCACAAGUGUUAUGGCGUCUGGCACGAGCUUUACGAGACCUUGCUCAGCUUAGUCAAACUUCAGCAGAAAAAAAGAAGCAGCUGGCUUAUGAAGCCCUUGAUUAUGCAAAGAAGGCACUUGAGAAAGACAACACUUGUUAUAGCGUACACAAGUGGUAUGCAAUAUGCCUCAGUGAUGUGGGAGAUUAUGAAGGAGUAAAGAAUAAAAUCUCCAGUGCUUUUGUUAUUAAGGAACAUUUUCAGAAAGCAAUUGAUCUGAAUCCAAAGGAUGCUACUUCACUUCAUCUUAUGGGCAUUUGGUGUUACACAUUUGCUGAUAUGCCAUGGUAUCAGAGGAACAUAGCUGCUAUUUUAUUCUCAACACCACCCAGCUCUACCUAUGAAGAAGCAUUACAGUACUUUCAAAAGGCUGAAAAUGUUGAACCAAAUUUCUAUAGUAAAAACUUGCUGUUCUUGGGAAAGACUUACAUGAAAUUAAAUAAUAAAAAGAUGGCCCUUCUCUGGCUAACAAAAGCUAGAGAUCGGCUACCACAUACAGAGGAAGAUAAACAGGUACAAAAAGAAGCUUUGGAAGUACUAAAUUCUAUAUGACAUAGUUACUCAAAAUAUAUGAACUGAUGAACUAAGAAACUGAACAGAAAACUAAACAGUUAUAUUGUGAUUCAAACUGGUAUGUGAAGAAAAUAAUUUUUAGAGAAGAAUAAAUUCCAGAUGUUAGUGACAUUUCCUCUACAUCUGUUAAUCCAUCUAUAUACAUAUACAUGUCCAGAAUGGAGAGAGAGAAAUCAGGAAACAAUUAUGAAAUUGACAAGUAUUCAGAAAUAAUAGCUUUUAAUUUUAAUUCCUACUUUUCUUGUUUAAACUGUUAUUUCAGUUAUUUUCUGGCAUAUGGAAACAUGGUUUUAGAUACUUCAUUUGGAUAACUACACUGUUUUUGUUUUGGAGAAUUUAGCAGAAUAAAAUAUGCUUUCUUUUAUAUGUCAAAGGAUAAUUUGUUAAUAUAUUGUUAUAAGAGAUGUGAUGGCACAGUGUAUUCAGCCAGGAGUUCAAUCCUUAUGGGCUCAAGGUUGACUCCGCCUUCCAUCCUUUCACGGUUGGUAAAAUGAGGACCCAGAUUGUUUGGGCCAAAAUGCUGACUCUCUAAAUAAUCUAGAGAGGGCUGUAAAGCAUUGUGGAGUGUACAUAAGUAUGAGUGCUGUUGCUAAUGCUAUUGUUCACCCGUAAUGUGUAAAGAUAUUUUUAAGUACUGUAGUGUUUAUCUUACAUUUUAGCUUGCAACCAAUAUUUGAAUAAUUUUUUGAGCUUUUUUAUUUCUUCCAAGGUUUAGUUACAGAUUCCUUGUUGCCUUUCACAUCUUAAUCAUAUAGUUCCAUAGAGGUAUAAUCUGUUUGCUGCUUUUAAACAAUACCCUUCAUUUACAACAAGGUUCUUUUAAAAUAAAAAGUACUUUUAUUUAUAAAAAGAUACCCUAAAAAAACCCAUAAACAAAUAUAAACAUGAGAAAUAAAAAUUCAAAAAUAAUAUAGCUCUUAAUAGUCUUGAAACACAACAUUAAACUACUGUGUUUCCCCGAAAAUAAGACAUGUCCAGAUAAUGUCCCCCUACCAACUACUUACAUGCAUGCGCAGCCAGUCCCAUUUCCUCUGGUUGCCUGCUGCACAACCAAAAUGAGUUGAAGCAGCGAGACUGGAGGGGGGGAAGGGGGGACAUGUCAUCCCCUCCCUGUUCUUCAUGCCAGCAGAGCAUCCCAACACAUCCCACCCCACCCCAAUGGCAACAGCAGUCUGGCUACUUCCCUUCCCCGCCGUCUCUAUUGACGGGGUGGCAGGUGGGGCGGGGGAGAAGCAAGAUGCAUGGAGCGAGACGUGGCUCCCCAUACCAUCUCUUCUCCCCACCCCCUCCUCGCCAGGCAUGGCAGGGCUCCUGCCCCUUGCUUAGCCAGGUCUUACCUUUCAAUCUCUGUGGCUUUCCUCGUCGUUGUGUCCGGGGAAACAUGCUGUAAAAGAAAACCUUUUCACCAGUUUGAGAAGUUUGAUUGAACUUGUGAGACUUUCUUUUACAGCAUGUUUCCCUGGACACAACAGCGAGGAACGCAAGGGAGCUGGAAAGGUAAGACGUGCGUUCUGCUUCUCACCUGCCCUACCUGCCUCCCCAAAUUGCAUCCCUAAAGGGGGCAGGUGGCUUAGUGAGGGGCAGGAGCCCUGUCAUGCCUGGCGAGGGGGGGAGAAGGAGAGCCACGUCUCACUUCUUCCCCACCCUACCUGCCACCCCUCUCGAUAAAGAGAUGGGGGGGAAGGGAAGCAGCUGUUACCAUUGGGGUGGGGUGAGACCUGUUGGGCCACUCAGCCAACGCAAAAACAGGGAGGGGAGGCAACAGCAGCAAUGGAACAUCCAGUCCCACGUUUGCCAUCUCCUGCACCCCCAAAAUAAUAAGACCCCCAGAUAAUAAGGCCAAACCCUUAUUUGGGGGGGGGUCAAAAGAAAAUAAGACCCUGUCUUAUUUUCGGGGAAACACGCUAUAUAGAUUGGUAUCCCUUUUUGUUAGGUAAAGUCAUAAGCAGAGAGCAAAUCAGCUCAAGGAUUUAAAACUAGGAUGACAUCCUUUUACCAUAAAAAUAAGAUCAUGCUUAUACUUCAAUAUGAAGAAUUCUAAAUAAUACAAAUAACUAAUAUCUACCUAAAUAGUUAUCUUUAAUUUUUUCUAUGAAAAACCCUUUGUAGAUUUGAAAUCGCCUAGUCCUGAGAGUAAGUCAAAAAUUGUGGGUGCUGUUAAUGUAUCUGCUUCAAAUAGUGAAAAAAUUUUCUAAAACAUUGAAUAUUUUUAUAGAAGAGAUGACUCUAUACAUUAAAAAGCUGAAGCUUUCAAGCUCCUAUUCCCAAAGCCUCUGUGCCUAUAUAUAUAGCUAUGCUUUUUAUAUUGAGGUUUGAUAGUUACCACUUGACUCCCAUGAGGAAUCUUCUCUUACACCCUUCUUAAAUCCCAUAAAUGUAUGUAUGAGAAAGGGAUCUUCUAAGCAUCUGUUGCUUUUCUGGCAAAUUAUAAGAGAAAAAAAUGAGGACAGCAUGGCCAUAUAGUGAUUAAGAAAAUAGCAUCUCUCUACCUUCUCCUCUGUGGGAAGAUAAAUCAGCCAACGCAAAUCAGUGUCAUAACUUAUAUAGAAAUUGCCUUUGUUGAAAGAAUUGGAAAAAUACUUUUUACUUUUAAGCACCUACUUGUAAACUCUGCUAAAGAAAUAAAAAUAUAGAACUCUUCAAAUCACUAACAGCAUCUUAGAAGACUUGUAGAAUGGCAGGGAAAACCCAGUAUCAAUGAAUUUGCCAUGAAAUAAUGCCUGUUGAAGAUUUAAAAAGUCAAUGUAGUAUUUGAUAUAAGCAUUUUAACUAACUAGAAAACUUUUAAAGAAAAUAGUACAUCUGAUAAAAACAGUGUACUGAUAACUCAAAAUGGAUCUAGUUGUAAGUAGAAUGACAUAUGGAUUGUGUGUGGAAGAAUGCUUAAGCAGAAUAGGAAAUGAGCAUUCUAUACUAAAGGAAGCCUUGACAACAAUUACCCUAGCAGGUGAUAUUUCAGAUGUAGCUUCUAUGGCCAGUUGUCCUGAAUGCAACAGAAUAAUGACCGUGAACUUAAUGUUCCAAGUCAACACUCUACAUAAUAAUGCUCUAAACAUACAUCUGGUUAAAUACCAAUACCGUUAAAAGAGAAAGAAACCUAACCAAAAGAAAAUAACCUAUAGCAGAUACGAGGAACUAAAAAAGUCACUUUAAAUAAGGCACACUUAAAUGCAGUUAAGGAAUCUACCCAAAUUCUAUUCUAACUUUGGAAAAUAUAUACAUCUUUGUUUACCCAGAGGACCCAUUUAAAUCCAAUUGUUCUAGUCUGUAUUAAUAAAUGUUGGUCCUAUUCCAAUAAAUAAGUGAUUUUUAUCUCUUAGGGUGGGAGAUAGGGCAACUUUCCUAAACUUAUUUGUUAGACGUAUAUUAUCAUUUAUCCUUCAGGAACUCUUUUAAGCACCUACUUGUAAAUUCUGCUAAAGAAAUAAAAAUAUAGAACUCUUCAAAUCACUAACAGCAUCUUAGAAGACAUUCCAGUAGAAAAAUAUAUACAAAAAAAGGGUUAGCAUUUCUUAUUUACAAGCAACUUUUUAUCAGAAGGAAAAAAAAUUAAACACUGAUUAACUUUUUCCUAUUCUAGAAAAUACUUUGGUACAGUGUUACCUGUAUGCUGAUUUAUUAGCUGAGAAAUCCUUCCUGCAAAUUCUAAAUUUAAGCUUGGAGGAGCAUCUGAUUUCUCGGUUUCGUCUUCCCCUCCCCAUUUUAGCACACAGGUUUUCUUGUCUGUCUCUCUCCUACCAGAGAAAUGGGUGCAGUUACUGAAGGAAUGCUUUUCCACCUACAGAAUGAAGGGUCAGAAAAUUAUGUGAACCUUUUGAAAUGCUAUAGACUGGGGGGUGGGGGGGGGAGUAUUGUUUGUAUUGUGUGUGUGUGUGUGUGUGUGUGUGUGUGUGUGUGUGUGUGUGUGUAAGCCACCCAGAGUCACUGAGAAUGAGUGGACAACCAUAUAGUUUUUUUUUUAAAUAAUUACAUUUUUGUCAAGUUUCAAAGAAUUCCAACGCAUAUUUGGAAGAUAUUGGUACAUUGUUUGUUAUUCAUAAGAAGCCUUAUUUUUUAGAAUAUUGCAAAGGGUUUCAUGAAUGCAAUACAGCAGCAAAACCAUUGAAACAUUUGCUCAUUAAAACCAGCAAGGUGCACUUUGGUUAUCCCGUUUAAUUUUAGUAACAUCUUUCUCAGGCAUUAGUUACUUUUUUCUCUUAUAAAACUGCUUGGGGAAGCCAAGGUAUCUUUUUGAGCCUUUAUAUUAGGGAGAUGGAGAUAGAGAUUGAGAGAUACACAAAAACAUACAGAUCCAAUACAUGGGAAUCUGGAUCCAUUCUCAAUUUUCCACAUAAAUUCUAAUGAGCACUGUUGAUUUUUGGAAGAGUGCAUUUACACCUUUCUUAAAUACUGAAAUCUUUAUAUCCUUGUUUUACAAAAAUAUAAACAAACUAGCCAAUCUCGUGGAGUUGGAAGAGAUCUUUUUGAGUAGAUUGCUUCUGUAACUGGUUGAAUACCUAUAUACUUGGAGUUUCUAAUUGAACUUGAUUGGUUUUAAUAGCUCAUUGUGAUGAAAUAUUGUAAGAUGCAAUUUGUCUAUCUUCCUUGGCAAACAAAAUACUGUUUCUUUGCUAUUGGUAAAUCAUAUAAGAAAUCAUACUUUGAUUUCUUCCCUUUUAACAACCAGUGAAUCAAGGUCUGCUGAAUUGUGCAAAAAUGGACAAACUAAAUAAGAUAUUCUGGGGGGAAAAAAGAAUGUUAUGUAAUAACACCCUGCAUCCAUGACUUGCACUUAAGUAAAUUUCAUUGCAGUCAUUGAAACUUAAAUUCUAGCUAGGGCUACUGUUCAUGGAAAUCACUUAUUAAAAUGGAAGAGAAAUUAUACAUUUAACUUUAUUUACCUAGGGCUGCCUUUGUUUAGUUCUCCUAAAUUCCAAUCAAAGUGGCUUUGGAGUUUUAUUUUCUUCUAUGCCCCUUUUCCCAAAUAAACUUAUACAAGCAUUUCAUUUGUAUUUUUUCUCUUUUUGCAAAAUGUCCUCUGAAUAAUAAACCAAAAUAAAAAUAAACAAAGUAUA